AUGUAUGAAGUAAAAGAUGGUGUGAUUGAUGAUGGCCCUAAGGAUGAAAUGAUGGAUGGUGCCAUUGAUGAUGACCCCAAGGAUAAAGUGAUAGAUGGUGUCAUUGAUGAUGAACCUAGAGAUGAAGUGAUAGAUGGUGUCAUUGAUGAUGACCCUAAGAUUGAAGUAAUAGAUGAUGGGAUUGAUGUUGUUUCAAUGUAUGAAGUAAAAGAUGGUGUGAUUGAUGAUGACCCCAAGGAUGAAGUGAUAGAUGGUGUCAUUGAUGAUGGCCCUAAGGAUGAAAUGAUGGAUGGUGCCAUUGAUGAUGACCCCAAGGAUGAAGUGAUAGAUGGUGUCAUUGAUGAUGACCCUAAGGUUGAAGUACUAGAUGGUGUCAUUGAUGAUGACCCCAAGAAUGAAGUGCUAGAUGUUGUCAUUGAUGACGACCCCAAUAAUGAAGUGAUAGAUGGUGUCAUUGAUGAUGACCCUAAGGUUGAAGUACUAGAUGGUGUCAUUGAUGAUGACCCUAAGGUUGAAGUAAUAGAUGGUGUGAUUGAUGCUGUUUCAAUGUAUGAAGUGAUAGAUGGUAUCAUUGAUGAUGACCCCAAGGAUGAAGUGAUAGAUGGUGUCAUUGAUGAUGAACCUAGAGAUGAAGUGAUAGAUGGUAUCAUUGAUGUUGUUUCAGUUAUUGAACUUGUAGAUGUCAUUAAAUUUGUUUCAGUCAUUGAGGUUGUAGAUGGUAUUAUUGAUGUUGUCUCAGUAAUUGAAGUAGUAGAUGCUGUCAUUGAAGUUGUCUCAGUAAUUGACGAAGUAGAUUGUGUCAUUGAAGAUGUUUCAAUCAUUGAAGUUGCAGAUGGUGUCAUUGAAGUUGAUUCAGUUAUUGAACUUGUAGAUGUCAUUAAAUUUGUUUCAGUCAUUGAGGUUGUAGAUGGUAUUAUUGAUGUUGUCUCAGUAAUUGAAGUAGUAGAUGCUGUCAUUGAAGUUGUCUCAGUAAUUGACGAAGUAGAUUGUGUCAUUGAAGAUGUUUCAGUAAUUGAAGUUGAAGAUAGUGUCAUUGACGUUGUUGAAGGUAUUAUAGACGAUGUUGCACUAAUUGAAUUUGUAGAAGGUGUUAUAGACGUUGUCUCAGUCAUUGAAGUUGUAGAUGGUGUGAUUGAUGUUGUAUCAGUGAUUGAAUUUGCAGACGAUGUUAUCGAUGCUGAUUCAGAGGAGGAGGAAACAAAUGACAUCAUUGAUGAUGUCACUGUAGUCGAAGAUGUAGAUGUUGCUACUGAGGUGGCAGACGGUGUCAUUGAUGUCGUGGUUGCCGUAGCAGUUUGCGUUAAAGUAUCGGUUGUCACCAUGAAAGAUGAUAUUGGCGUAGCAGUUGAUGAUAUGCUAGUUGAGGUCGCUGAAGAUGCUGCAGCUGUCGCUGUGGUAGAUGACGUUGGCAUUAGGGUUGUUGCCGUAGUUUCUAUGUUGGAAAUCCGAAAAUUCAGGUAA